UGCGGUUAGCGCUCGUCUCCGUCGGCUCCGCCCGCACCUCUGAGUCGCUGGGAGCGCGCAGGGAAACCCCGUGCAAGCGCCGCCGCCAUCUUGGAGAGAGAGAGAGAGCGGAACCCCCGACACCCGCCGCACACACCCGGCCAGAGGAGGAAGAGAAGGGGGCAUCUCUCCGACAGGGACUUGUAGUGGACAUCUGUGACUGCUGAUCGUCUUUGUUGCACAUCAUAUAAAAGCGCCAUCAUGGCCACCGCACCUUACAAUUACUCGUAUAUCUUCAAAUACAUCAUCAUUGGUGACAUGGGAGUGGGAAAAUCUUGCUUGCUGCAUCAGUUCACCGAAAAGAAAUUUAUGGCAGAUUGUCCUCAUACAAUUGGUGUGGAAUUCGGUACCCGGAUAAUUGAAGUUAGUGGCCAGAAAAUUAAAUUGCAGAUUUGGGAUACAGCAGGACAGGAGCGUUUCCGAGCUGUCACUAGAAGCUACUACCGAGGGGCUGCGGGGGCACUAAUGGUCUAUGAUAUAACUAGGAGAAGCACAUAUAACCAUUUAAGCAGCUGGUUGACUGAUGCACGGAACCUCACCAAUCCAAACACAGUAAUCAUUCUAAUAGGCAAUAAGGCAGACCUGGAGGCCCAGCGUGAUGUCACAUAUGAGGAGGCCAAGCAGUUUGCUGAGGAGAAUGGACUCCUGUUUCUGGAAGCAAGUGCAAAAACAGGAGAGAACGUGGAAGACGCCUUUCUGGAAGCCGCCAAGAAAAUUUACCAAAACAUUCAAGAUGGAAGCCUAGACCUGAAUGCUGCAGAGUCUGGUGUACAGCAUAAACCAUCAGCACCUCAAGGAGGCCGCCUAACCAGUGAACCCCAACCGCAGAGAGAAGGCUGUGGCUGCUAGUGACCUGUCUCUGAGGGCCGCCUUCUUUCUGACCUUCCCUGCUCGUCUGUCUUGAGCAGUAUUUUUUUUUGCUGCCCUGUACAUCGUACUGGUUUCAUGAAAAGGUGGGGGGAGGGGGUGGGGGGGAACUCCGCUGAGGUGACAAUUUAACACCAUUCUAAACUGCUACUUAACUCUAGAUGUAUCCAGGUUAUCAAAGGCAAGUCAAGUAAUAAACACACACGAACCAAUCCUUCCUGCAUGGUAUAAAUAUAGAACUUUUCUUCUCCUUAAUCGUCUUUGUGAUGUUGGCAAUCCAGAGUUUCUCUAGAAGCGCUGGAGCUGGACUGGAUUCAUCCAGGUCUGUCUUAGUUUCCAUUUUUUCUAGAAUAGGCCCAUUGGCUGUGAAUGUCGAUGGGGGGAAUCUCUACCUGUCUUCUGUUUCAAUUGUUCUUUUUGCUCAUUUGGAAGAAAAGAGGGUUUCUACGCUGAGUUCUGUCUUAAUUUUACAAGAAAAUGAUUCUGGUGUUUGUUUUCCCCUGUCGUGUCCCAUAAGCUUCCUCUCGUGUUUUCUAAAUUUUACUCCUCACAUUUAACACCUAAAUAUAAAAUAAAAAAUGCAAAAAAAAAAAAACCAUCAAAAUACAUUCUGUGUACAAAACAUUUAAUUAAUCCUGGCAUACGUGUCGGGAACUAUCAGUUUGUACAGUAUGUGACCACAUGACUCCCUUCCUCCCCGCAUAGUGCAGUAGGUGUAAAUUACUUUUAGAUAAUGCUUGGCUCCGCCCUCCUUUUUUGAACCUUUUUUGCACUGUGGCUUAUACAAAGCGGUUUUAGAAAAUCCCAUUGUGGAAUGAGCGGUGUGCUGACUUUUUUUUUUGUUUGAGUCGAUCUUUUACGUAUAACAGCUGUGUAUUGCCUGCCUUACGAUGUAUAGAGAUUUAAUGAGAAGGCUGGUUUAACUAUUGCACAUAUUAUUAUGCUUUAUUUUCUCUUAAUAUUUUUGGAGUCUGAAUUACGGUUCUGCUGCUUUUUAGGAUUAACUUUUUUUUGUGCAUUUUUAAACACUACAGUGGGAUGGUUUUUAAAAACGUAAAACAUGCAUUUUAUUUCGGCGUGGGACAUAAUCAGCGGUCGGCACCUUUUCACAACAGUUUUGGCAAAUGGUAUGAACAUUCACCAUUUAUAAUAGACCAAAUACAGUGAAAAAGCAGCUGUCAUCCCGUCUUUAUGUGCACAGAGGCGAGGAUGGCAACUGUGUCCCCCAGGCAUUUUUAUCUAUUAUACACAAUUCUUUACUAAAGACAAGCUGAGAGGAGAAAACUGGAAUGUUGUCAUAUCCUUUGUACCCUUGUAUAAUCUGAAACUAAAAAUCUUUAUAGAAAUUGGGUUAUUCUUUCUGCAUUUUUCUUGAGGUGUUCACCUUUAGUUGGCAGGUUAGUGGGUUAUCCAUUACUGCACAGGGACCACAAAUUACUUACUCACUGAGAAUUCUGACACAGACCGUGCCCCUCCCCCCCCCCCCCCCCCCCCCCCCCCACGUCUCCUUAAGUUACAGUAGGUCAUCUGCUCGUUUCUGUGACUAAAGGAACAACCUGGACUGCUGUACUUUUCCCUCAAUGUAACAAAAUGCUAUUAAUCUAAAUAUUUGUAAAUAAAGUACCUGUAUCUAGAUAAUUUA